GAAUAAUCAAGAAGAGGUAACACGAUUUUGUUGAAUAUAUUUCUAAGAGAAAUCGGAGACUGACAAAUUAAGAAAAUAACAUGCCACGGUGUUGGCAUUGUUUCGCAGAUAUAAUUACCGGACUGGAGUGUGGUGAUAUACAGAUUAAAGAAAAGGAUGGACAGUUGGGACAGCCAAUUCAUGGAGAAAGAGCAAUGCUUUCAAUUCGUGGUUCCAGUCGAUGUGAAGUUCAAGGAUGCAAACGGAAAGCAAGGUUCGAAAUGUCAGGAUGUAUGCAUGACGUCUGUGGUUUCUGUCUGAAAUCAAUGGAUGUUAUUGUCAAUUUUGAAAAGCAUGAAAUCCAGAAUGCAUUUGCCUGCCCGGUGUGUGUCAGCACAAGAGGAAACACUUGGUUAUCUACAUGUAGCAUAAGAUGGAUGGAGAAAAUUGAUGUUUACAAAUUUUUAAUUGCAAAGAAUAUUUGCAUCUGUUGUUUUCAAAUUAAGACAUUUGGUUUAUUCCCGUGCAACCAUAAUAUUUGUUGCCUUUGCCUGAAAAAAAUACUUAGCCAUUCUGAAGAAUACAUUUGCAUUUUGGAGGACUGUCAUGUAAAAUUCAAUCUCUCAGAGUUGAUGGAAAUGUACGAAAAUUCCAUUUCGGAAACGAGUAGGAAAAUAUUUGCAUACCCAGGAAUAUAUUGCUCGGUGACAAGCUGUUCGAAUUUGCCCCUCCUCAGACUUAGAGAUUGUAUCCACAAUUUAUGUUGGGAAUGCGUUCCAAAGAAAAUACUAUCUGUAGAUAUUAAUGAAAAUGAAUGCCAGAAGUGUCCUGUGACGGGUUGUCAGAAUUCUUUUCCUUUGGAUUGUUUAAACCAUCGUGUGAAUCAACUUCUGUCAUCCAUGCAGCUGGCAACACUAUUUGUAGUACCAGAUACACUUUCUGACUGUUUUAGAUGUUCAACUUUUAAAUAUGAGGUUUCAGUUAUAAUAAGGCACUGUGAUCACAAAAUAUGCGUCUCCUGCUUUGAAAAGUACAUCCUGGAAGCUGAAAAUAGAAGACAAGCAAGGUAUCUCGACCUGCCAAUGGAGAUGAAAAAGUGCUACCAAUCUUUUUGUGACAAGGAAAUUCCUACCGUGUGCCUCAAAGCUAUGCACAUGGCAAUAAAAGGAGAUCCAAUUGCUGUAGCAAUGUACCUACAAAUUCCAAAAGGAAAAGGAAACUGUUCAUCUUGUGACUCGGAGGAGGUUUUUAUUGAACUAACUGUCUGCAAUCAUAAUGCAUGUAAACCUUGCACGAUGAAAAUGUACGACAACUCCAACGAGUACGGACUUGCUACCUGUAGCGUUUCACUUUGUUCGCAACGUUUUCCUGUACUGUGUUUGAAAGCCGUACUUGACGAUCAAGGAAUUCUGAAGAAUAAUAUCAAUUACUUUGAGGAGCUGACUAAGAAAGAUGAAAACACGAUUACGAUUCCGGAAACUCCAUAUGACUGCUCAGAUGCAUGUAAGUGGGAUGCUUCAGAAGGACGUAUAAGUAAACAUACGGAAAAAGACAGAAUAAGCCACUUGCUUUGUCCAUCAUAUGGUGAAAGAUUGAAUUGCAGUUAUUGUCCAACAAAGGCGGUUAUAAAGUUCUCUCAAUGUUUCCAUGGUUGGUGUUUACGGUGCCUUAAAUUCUUGGUUAAAACUGAAAAAGAUGACAAAUUGCAUUGUAAAAACUGCUCAUCAUAUGGAAGCCUUGGGAAUGCAAAACGAUUCAUCAGGAACUGUGAAAAUGAUGGACUAUUGGUUCCAUCGUAUCUUAAACCAGUUAGUGGAUCUACACCAUGUGUCCUUUGUAAAAAGAGGGAAGCAAUCCUUGAGGAACUUGACUGCGGACACAGGUUUUGUGAUUCCUGUUUAUACUUCAGCAUAAAUCUUAAACUGAUGUUUUUAAAAUGUCCAGUUUUAGAAUGUCAGUGUAUAGAAAGUUAUAAAGGAAAUAGAGAGGAUGAUUACAGUUCUAAGAUUGAAAAAAAUAAAUGUGCUUGCUGUUCAAGAAAAGAGAAGGCAGUGGAAAAGAUGGGAUGUGGCCAUGCUUCCUGCAAGGACUGUGUACAGCGUGUUUUUCCAUGUCAAAUUAUAAACUGCCAAAGCUUUAUUGAUAGUGCAUCCUCAGAAUUCUUGGCAAAGCACUUAAACAGUGAUAAGGACACAAUUUUUAUCAGUAAGCAAAUGAAACCAAAAAGUGACUGCUGUGUAUGUUCAGGGGACCGGAGAGGAAGCAAGAUUGAACAGGUUUGGCAGAUAAGAAGAUGCAAUCAUACCAUUUGCAAUGAUUGCUUUACAAAACUGCUAGAAAAAAGCAAGGGGACUGGGAUAGCUACUUGCCCCUCAAGAGACUGUUUGGAACUUUUUUUUACACCUACAUUAACCCUUUUGAAUGAUUUGGAUUCAAAAGCACAGAUGAAAGAAAAUCACAUGGGAAAUAAUGCCUCCAAAGAAAACCAUAAAUCUGCAGUUAUUCUGUAUAAAAGAGAAGCUAGCUCAAAUAGCGUUCAGCAAUUUAGAACGAUGGUCAUGAGCUAUUCAUUCCAAUCUUCAAAAAUUGCGAAACGUAGUGUCACGCAAAAUGGAUUACCAAACCUAGGUUUAACUUGCUAUAGAAACAGUGUGCUUCAGGUUCUAGCAGAGACUCCAAGUUUCUUCUCGCAAAUGAAAGACAUGAAUAAACAAACGGAGGAAAAUUGGACAUUUACUCUUUGUGAAAUUCUUUGGCGAGUGAUUACUGAGAGCUCAUCAAAAAGUGAGAUCGAAGAUUGGCUUCUCCGAUUUCAAGCUGAAUUUGACAUUAUCAAUAAUUCAUUUGUGGAGUAUACACAACAUGAUAGCCUUUCAUUCCUUACUAGUGUAUUGAGUGGAAUUGCUGAGGAAGCUGAAAAGGAAAAGAAUAAAAGAAGUAGGAUCGAUCCCACUAACAUAUUUAGAGGUGAACUACACGAUCAAUACACUUGUUGCAAGUGCAAAAGGAAAGAGUAUCACGGAGAAAGCAGUUUUUACUCAUUGCCAUUACCUACCGUGAUAAACAAUGAUCCCAAAAUUGGCGAAUGUUUGUACCAGUUUCUAGCAAGUGAAACACUGACAGAUAUAUUCCCUUGUUCAUAUUGUAAACAUCGCACUGUACUAAAAGAGAUACAGAUAAAGAAGUAUCCAGAUGUCUUAGUUUUGCAGCUUGGAAUGAUAUCCGAGAUAAGGGAGCAUUUUGAAAAAGUUCAUAGAAAUCCAAGGUUUUGGGAGACUUUUGCUGGGCUUUCAAAUAAUAUUCACCUUUCCAAAAUAAAGAAGGCAGAGUUUUUAAAGUACAAAUUAUAUGCUGUAAUAGUCCAUAUUGGAGGAUUAACAGGUGGCCAUUACUACGCCUACGUCAAGAAAAUGCAGGAUAAAAAGUGGGAAUGUCGAGAUGACAGUUAUGUUCGAAAAGUUGGGCUGAAGGAAGUUCUUCAAAGUGAUGCUUAUAUUUUGUUUUAUCAUAAAAUUGAGGUUUCAUAAGUGAUAUUUAUAUCAGAUUUUGCCAUGGUAUAUAUUAUGUAAUAAUACCGUCGUAUACAUACAUAUAAUCAUAAUGUACUAACUAAUAAAAUGACAAAAGUGCUUCAGUGCCUUUGAUAGAAACUACUUUUCAUUACAUUACCUCUUCCUCUCUCUAUAUGUGUGUGUAAACAAUGUAAGAUUAUGGGUGCAUCUGCUUGUGCGCCCACGAGCGUUUUAGUGUAUAAUAUAUAUAUUUGUGUUCGAUUGAUCGCCAUGUUAAAUUCACUUAGAUCGGUUUCCAAUUACAGGUACAUGUCAGAUGCAUAAUAAAAAUUGUUAUUUGUUUGUCAUAAAAGAUGUAGUAAAUUGAAUUAAAUAGUUAAUUUAACAUGUUCAAUUCAUGCAUAAUUAUUAAUAUAUUUUAUAUUCUAGUAUCAUAUUUCUUGUUUAUAUUUCCA